CAGGAGUUGAUGCUCAUGAACUCGCGGCUGCAGCUGGAAAGACAAUUACUGAUGCAAAAUCAGAUGAGAGAGAGACAAGCAGCCAUGCAGAUUGCUUGGACACGGGAAUUUCUGAAAUACUUUGGGGCUUUCUUUGGACUUGCUGCUGUUGGUUUAACAACAGGAGCAAUAAAAAGGAAGAACCCAGCAGUUCUACUGCCAAUAGUUCCCUUAAGUUUUAUACUUGCCUAUCAAUAUGAUAUGGGGUAUGGGACAAUGUUGAAAAGGAUGAAAGGUGAAGCAGAGAACAUACUGGAGACACAAAGUACUUUGCUAGAACUGCCAAAAGGACCGCUUACUUUUGAAGACCUGGAAAAAAUCAGAAGAGCUCAGAGCAAGAUCUACGUAGAAAAAUAG